AUGCCCAGUCGAGAUACAACGGUAGUUAGGAUACCAUUGCGUCGGGCAAAGCAUCAUCUCGGAACAGCCAGCUCUCGGGGUAGUCGGCCCUACAACGAGGACACCGACCAGGCUGGAACCAUUGAUAUCCCUGCAUUUGCUAAGAGAGCGCCGCAAAGUGUCAGACAGAAGCCGGGGGAGGCAAAACCCGCCGACAGCAUUCUUGGUGAUCCUCAGGUUUUCUACUUUGCCGUGUUCGACGGGCACGGCGGCACCCAAUGCUCCCACUUCUUGCGGGAUGAAUUGCAUGGGUACAUCGAGCAGGCCUCAGUUGAGUUCGGCCUCCAGAGUAGUCUCAGGAAAAGGAAACCUGGACGAGAAAAUCGCUCUAUUCCUACCGAGGGCAAAUCUCUCACUACAAAGGAAGCAUUGAACGCUGUGGAAAUGAAGAGUCCCGAGGAUGCCAGACGACAGAUGAAGAUCCCCGGUCGCGACCAGGAGGGCCACACACAUUUUCCACGCCACGGAAAAUCCAUGGAGGGUGCAUCAUCUCCUCCACUUGAUGUCCGGGAUUCGGUAAAGGCACUCAAAUUACAACGAGAUUUGGUGGCAGAAUAUAAGCGUACGAUUGGCGGAUAUUUCCGACGGUUUAGCCCUGACUAUUUCAAUCUAGCUGCUGACGCUGACGAGACUGCCGCUGUGCCCAUCGAGACCGUCCUCUCGUAUGCGUUUCUCAGAGCCGACCUUGACUUCGUGGCAGCACAGGCACAGAAGCCAGAUCCCGACGAUCUCCGAGUGAGCGAUGUCCCCUUGAACGAUGACGAGAUACUUGGAUCUCCUCAUGCCACCCCAUCGGGCCAUGGAAUUGGCGGAAACACGCGUUUCAAGGGUGGCUCGACGGCAUCGAUAGCCCUCAUCUCAACUUCCACAGCAGCUCCAUUCUGGCAUCCCGGUGCCCACUCGACGCUCAUGGUGGCGCAUGUUGGUGACACGAGGGUGCUUCUCUGCGACACCUCCACUGGCCUUCCUCAUCCAUUAACAUCAGACCACCACCCUGGCACACCCUUGGAAAACCGCCGGCUCCGCCGAUACUCCUCCAUGGUAUCCAACGAUAGUUUCGGGGAGGAGCGUAUUGCCGGGCUCGCCAACAGUCGUGCCUUUGGCGAUAUGAAGAGUAAGCGCAUUGGCGUCUCCGCCGAGCCCGAAAUCACUCGCGCCGAGAUGGCACCGGCACAGUACUCGUUCCUGGUACUUGUCAGCGACGGUGUCUCUGGCACCCUGAGCGACCAGGAAAUCGUAGACGUCAUCAAGGAGGCCAGAACGCCGGAGCAAGGAGCUCAAAGUGUUGUCGACUAUGCCACUGAGGUGUCUCAUGACGGCGACAAUGCUACGUGCCAGGUUGUUCGCCUUGGUGGCUGGGAGCGACGCUCAGAAGGUGGAGUGGGAAGCUUGGGAACAAAGGAGAUUCGCGACAUCAGGCGGGCCGAGGCGGGCGAUCCGAGACGAGGACGGCGAUGA